UCUGAGAGCAGAAUCAUCUGAGAAGCACAGAAGACUCGGCACUAUGGUUGCAUGGACAGAAUUCGAGCGCGCCACCAUCAAGGACAUCUUCUCCAAGAUCGACUACGAUGUCGUAGGUCCUGCAGCUCUGUGCAGGUGUCUGGUCGUCUACCCCUGGACUCAGAGGUAUUUCGGUAACUUUGGAAACCUCUACAACGCCGCAGCAAUUAUGGGAAAUCCGCUGGUUGCAAAACACGGAACAACUAUCCUCAACGGACUGGAGCGGGCUGUGAAGGACAUGGACAACAUCAAGACAACCUACGCCGAGCUGAGCGUGCUGCACUCCGAGAAACUGCACGUGGACCCCGACAACUUCAAGCUCCUCUCCGACUGCCUGACCAUCGUGGUUGCUGCUCAGUUCGGUAAAGCCUUCACUGCAGAAGUCCAGGCAGCUUUCCAGAAGUUCCUGGCCGUGGUGGUGUCCUCCCUGGGAAGACAGUACCACUAGAGAGCUGCAACAGAGAACCCUUGCAUGCCGAUCAUGAAAAGCUUUGUUUCUUUGUCUCAAAAUAAAAUGAAAACAAUACGCAAAUUGA